AUGAAGCUCUCCCCAGCUACCAAGUCUUUCAUCGGUAAGACAGUCGAUAUUUCCACAUUUGCAAUCCAAUGGGGAUUCGUGCCGUUUGUGGUCUACCUUGGAUUUAAGAAAGGCGCUGAGCCAAUGCCAAAUGGACAGAUCCUCCCUCUUUCCGCCAUGAGUCUUCUCUGGGGAUAGUUUAUCUACGAAAGCAGCCGGGUGGCCGUUGGAUCGUUCUGAAUCUCAUAGUUUUGUUAGCCUCCACUCAUUGUUUUCUUCUUUUAUUAAUAAACAGUUAAAGUUUCCUUG